AUGUCUGUUCCUCUCACAGAGGAGGAUCUGCAUGAACUCUAUCUUUGGGUAGAUGAUAUUCCCAUCUCUCGCCCAAAGCGCAACAUCGCACGUGACUUCAGUGAUGGCUGCUGUGUAGCGGAGGUGGUGAAGUUCUUCUUUCCCAAACUGGUGGAUCUACACAACUACACACCCGCUAUGUCUAUGCGGCAGAAAAAAGAUAACUGGGAUACACUCAACAAUCGUGUAUUUCGCAAACUUCACUUUGAGGUGCCGCAGGAGGAAAUUAAUGAUAUCACGGCUGGUGUGCCAGGGGCUAUUGAGCGUUUUCUCCGCGCAUUGCGAACAAAGAUUGCGCAGAUUAAAGCCAGACGUGAGGAGAUGCGGACAAUGUAUGAUGUCGCUACUCCCCACUCCGCCGGCCGGCAUUCUGAAGGUCUUUCGGGAAGAGAAGGAGGAAGAAGUAUGAGUAGUAGUAAUAAUAAUAAUAAUAAUAAUAAUAUUAAUAAUAAUAAGAAAAACAACUAUGAUAAUUGGACAGCAACAGGGGUUCAACAGAUGCAAGGUUCAUCCCAUCGACAAGGUGGCGCUGCACUGAACUCACCAUCAAUGUAUCGAACUCCUCCGAAUGUAAAGAAUGCAAAUAAUGAGAUGAAUCGUCCCUCUGCUAUUCCCUCCGAUAGCAACAAUCAUGAUAACAACACCGCUAGUUUUCGUCUCUUGUUAGAUGAAAAGGAUCGAACUAUAUUUGAACUACGAGAAACGGUUAGUUUGUUGAGUGAGAAGGUGUCGAAACUAGAAGAAUUAGUUCGUGUGAAGGAUGAGAAACUCAAUGCCUAUCGUGCUAAACUUGGUCGCAUGUGA